ACCAGCUCUAAUGUGCAUCCUGUCCGUUUGGCUCGUGCAAAGCCUGAGCCCGAUUCAUGGCUUUACAAAGAUCUUGGCGCAGCUGAGAAUGGUCUGAGGUGAUUUGUGUGGGACACAGGCAUCACGAUUGGGGAUCCCUGUGGAGAAACGCUCCAGCAUUUCAUCUGGAUUGAGGGGAAUAUGGGGGGAGCAGUCAGCGCUGGCGAGGACAACGAUGAUUUGAUAGACAACCUGAAGGAAGCCCAAUAUAUCCGUACGGAGCGUGUGGAGCAGGCCUUCAGAGCAAUAGACCGUGGAGAUUACUACCUGGAGGGAUACAGAGACAAUGCCUACAAGGAUCUGGCUUGGAAGCAUGGGAAUAUACAUCUGUCGGCACCUUGCAUCUAUUCUGAAGUGAUGGAGGCGCUGAAACUGCAGCAGGGCUUGUCUUUUCUAAACCUCGGCAGUGGCACUGGAUACCUGAGCACCAUGGUGGGCCUCAUCAUAGGUCCAUUUGGAGUAAAUCAUGGCGUGGAGCUUCACAAGGAUGUUGUGGAGUACGCAAACGAAAGACUCGAUGACUUCAUCAAAAACAGCGACAGCUUUGACAGGUUUGAGUUCUGCGAGCCACACUUCGUGGUGGGCAACUGCCUGGAGAUUUCCUCAGACAGUCAUCAGUACGACCGCAUUUACUGCGGCGCUGGAGUUCAGAAGGACCACGAGAACUACAUGAAGAUCCUGCUCAAAGUCGGCGGGAUUCUGGUCAUGCCAAUAGAGGAUCAGCUCACUCAGAUUAUCAGGACGGGUCAGAGCUCAUGGGAGAGUAAGAAUAUUCUGGCCGUGUCGUUUGCUCCUCUGGUUCAGCAGAACAGGACAGACAGCAACAAGUCUGAAGCCGUGGUGCUCCCGGCUCUGAGCGUGCGAAGUCUUCAAGACCUGUCCCGAAUCUACAUCCGCCGGACGCUGAGCAGCCUGAUCAAUGAAGAGAACCCAAACCGCACCAACACUCCACGAGCUUCUCAGAAGCGCAAGCGCAGACGCUGUCGCCGCCGCCGCCGCAUCAACACAUAUGUGUUCGUGGGCAACCAGCUGAUCCCGCAGCCCCUCGACAGCGAAGAGGACGAGUGCAUCGAGCAAGAGAGCAAAGACGAGGAGCAAGAGAAAGACAUUGAGCCCAUCAAACCCGAAGAGCCGCAGGUCAACCAUCUGAGAGACAAAAUCUUGAGUCUGCCGCUGCCCGAGUCGCUCAAAGCCUACCUGCUGUACUACCGCAAGAAAUAAAGUCUCUUCUCCAGACUACUUCUGACCCUCACUUUCACUCUUUUCUUUGUUUUUUUGAUAAUGUAGCAUAAUUUAAACAUUUAAAACUGGGGUUUGGGCUGCAUUUUUAUUAUUUCGUGUUUCUUUUUUCCCAGAAGAGACUUGAUUGUGCUUGCUGUGUUUGUUCUACGUUGUAAUAUUCACAUUUUUUAAUGUGACGAUUUUUUUUUCCACUGCUGAGGACCUCGGGGGGGCUUUAGAAGCUUGUUUGUAUUCUGAAGAGUUCGCUUUAAUGUGAUGGAAGCUAUUUUUUCACUGGCUUGUAUUGUUGUAAGACCAGCCUGUUUGACGAGUCCAAUAAUGACAGUUUUCUUUCUUUUUUUUUUUAAGGUGUAGGAAGAAUGAAACACUCGAGUCAUUAUUUUGGGACUGAUGUAUGCCUUCUUUGACUCCCUCUGGGUUUAUUUAGCUGUUAAUGCUAAUGCUUUGAGUAUCUCUUUGGACCGUUUUAGUGAAUUUCCAUCUAGAGAUGAUUGUUUUGGCCUGUUUUCUGCAUUUUUUUUUUUUACAUUCUAGGCACAUUUGUAAGUACUGAUAUUGAGCUGUCUCUUAAUCGCUGAUGUACUUUUUUUUUUCUUGGUUUCUUUCAUCAGCAAGUCGACCUGGAAACCCAACGCUCCACUUUCUGCUUGUGAUCAUUGAGAUGUAGGAGACGUCACUGUUUGUGUCGGUUUGUAAUCGGUGAUUUCACGCUGUCGUAACAACUUGUUUGCAAUAUAUUGUCAGCAUAUGAAAUCUUUGGCUUCAUUUCAGUUAUUCUAUUGAUUGUAAAUGAUUUUGUUACAUUAAAUGGAAUCUAAUCAAAUUUAUUAAUCAUUUCUGUCACAUUUUACAAAUUAAUUAAGACAAUCAUCUAUGUUACGUUAAAAGGAUUGUUCAUCCAAAAAUCUAAAUUUAUUAUUUACUCUCCCUCAAGCAGUCCUAAAUCUUUUAUGAGUUUCUUUCUUCUGUUAAACACAAAAUAAUAUAAUUUAAAGAAAGCUGAAAACCUGUAACCAUUGACUUACAUAGUACGAAAAACAGACAUUACAGAAGCUAAUGGCUACAGGUUUCCAGCAUUCUUCAAAAUAUCUUCUUUUGUGUUCAACAGGGGAAAAAAAGUUCAGUUUUUGGUGAACUAUCACUUUAUUUAUAAUCCUACUGUUGUUCAUAUAGUCUCUGUAUAACCUUUAGCAUUUAUAGAUAUACCUACGAGAAAAAAAGGCUCGAUUUCCGUCAUUUACCUGGCUCAUAAUGAUGUUUAUUCCACUUGAAUGCCUUACUUUG